UGAAAAUUCUACAAAGAUGGGCCUUAAUUUCGAGUAAAGCGGUCCAAUAAAGACGAAUUCGAAUAACUUUUAAAUUGCUAAAGAAAUCGAAAAUCAUCAGUUUCAACGAAGGAACAAAAAACUAAGAUGACGCUGAAGAAAUGGGACGCAAAUCCUUCAACCUUAGAAUCUGUGUUAGAAGAACUGAAUCAGACGAAUCAAACCGUAACAAGAUCAAUUUCAUUCUCUUCCUCGCAAACGAUGAUCCUACCACCAAUCGAAGCUGGUGCCCAGAUUGUGUUAGAGCUGAACCUGUGAUAUACAAGACUCUAGAGGAAUCGGCGGAGGAAGUGAAUCUUAUUAGGGCUUACGCUGGAGAUAGGCCGACCUGGAGGAAUCCGGUUCAUCUGUGGAGAGUUGAUCCUCGGUUUAAGCUAACCGGAGUACCAACACUUGUUCGCUGGGAUGGAGAUUGUGUGAAGGGUCGUCUUGAGGAUCAUCAAGCUCAUGUUGCUCAUUUGAUUGUCCCUCUUCUUGUAUUUUCAGUUUCUGGUGUGCCAACCACUUGAAUGCGGUGAAAUUCCCGGGACUGUUGCAGGAUUCGACGAUCAGGUUUCUUCGAUAUAUGAAUCUAUAAUCUUCUGUUGUUUUACCAAUAAAUCCUUUUACAAUGUGAAGGAGAAUGCGACGUAGAAGUUCGUGUCUUCCAUUUUUAUGAUUCCGCAUGUUUCUUGCUCAGUGUAAUGUUGCAUACUCUAGCAACUUGAUUGAAUAAUGGAUUAACUCCAGAUUUCGAAUUAUUUGGAUGCGUGUUUAGUUUGUUGGGAGAAUAAAGAUUUUCUAUUGUUUGCUGGA